CCCAUUCACACCUCAACGCGCGUGGACGUCGUCGCCUGCCGUCACCCAACCAACCACACACUCCCCCUUCAGCCACACUCACUAAAACCCUCCCACCCCCCGCGGUACAUCGACUAACCACCACGUAAAUUUCGAACUAAAAAACAGUUUUAUUUUUUGAUUGUGCGAAAAAGUGCUUCCGAAAUACACAAAAAGAGACAUUCAGAGAGAGAGUGCAAAGAACUAACGGUUAAAUUACGUUGAGACAAAGAAAUCAAUGCAAAAAUGUGCCAUAAUUCGGGCAUUGAAAAAGGCGAGCAGCAGAUUGAACGGUACAUGGCCUUCGGUUUGCCCUCGCGCGCCGUCAAGAGCGUGAAGUACACGAUGCGCAAGCGAGAGAAGCAGCAGCAGAAGAAGGAGCAGCAGAAGCUGCGACAAAGGCAGCAGCAGCAGGAGCAAUACCUGGAAGAGCUGGAGCUGAGCAGCAGCAGUGGCAGCGGCAGCGGCAGCAAUAACUACAGCGACAGCGAAGAUAGCGGAACCGAUAUCACCUCCAUGCAGCUGGCCUCAGCAGAGGCAGCACAAAUGGUGGACACAGACACAGACCUAGAGCUAGAGGCAGCAGAGACAAAAGCAGAAAUAGUAACAUACGGCGCUGCAGCAGUGGCUGUGACAGCGGCAGUAGCAGUGGCUGUAGCAGAGAACCUGACAUUAACAGAGACCCACAACACAAAGGGCAGCAGCAUCGAUAACAGCAGCAGCAACAACAACAGUGAGAUCUUCAAAAUUCCCAAAAUGUGCGGACGCUUCCGCAAACUGCAACAGCAGCAGCAGCAGCAGCAGCAGCAAGAGCAACAGCAACAGGUGGAGGAUAUUUCUCAGCUGAAAGCACAGCAGCAGCGAAAGCUCAGCUCGAUGGAACCCUCGAUGGACGAUGCCCUCGCCAUUGGCACCCAAAUGACGCGCAAGGUAUCGGAACGGAUCGCCUGUUUGGUCGCCCAGCUGCAGGGCAGUCGACUGUACACAAUACUGACGCGUACCACACAGCCAGCACACUUGAUAGCUGUCUGCAUCUUGGUCUUUGUGCUGAUGACUGUCGGACGCGACCUGAUCGAGGGUAGCCCCGCAACGACACCAACAACAACGACGAGAACUCUGAGCAGCAGCAGCUCAACCGGAGGCGGAGGAGGCAGCGGCACCCUGCCGAACCUCGUCUAUCUGGGGGCAUUCGCCACUCACUUUGGUUCGCAGAUCUGGAUGACAUUCGUCUCGGGCCUCUCGCUGUACUUCUCCCUGCCGCGCCACAUCUUCGGGCAGUGCCAGCAGAUCCUGUUCCCCCGGUACUUUGCCUUCAACGCCGUGCUCAGUCUCACGAUGCUGGUGACCUAUGCAAAGUACUUCCUUAGUGGCUGGACGACGGCGUCGGGCAUCCAGGUCGGAUCGCUGGCUCUGGCGGCGGGCAUUGAGGUGGUGGUGCGACUGUACCUGGUGCCGCCGAUGCUGAAGCUGAUGCACGAGAAGUACAAGAUCGAGGACGCCAUCGGCAGUGGCCAGGAGGUGGGCAGCCUUGUCCAAGGCGAUCUGAUCGACUGUCCGCACUAUCAGCGCGUCCACAAAGGCUUCCGUCGCAUCCACAUGACCAUUGCCAUUGGCAACAUGACCGUCAUGCUGGCCACGUGUCUGCAAUUGUAUUUUCUGGCAUCGAAAAUACAUCUUAGCUAGGGCACAGCUGCACACACAACAAGAGAGGAGAUGAGCAGAGCAGAGUGUUCAGCACCGGAAGAUCAUCUGUUCUGGCAUCCAAGAAUUUAUAAAUUAAUCCUAGAGUCUAAAGAAUCAUUCAAAUCAUUUCAAAAUGCACGACCACACACGCCACGUCACGCCACGCCACGCCACGCACUCUCUCGAUUGUAUUUAAAUGUUCAACGAUUAAAUUCCACAUUCAAAGGUCAUUCGCCAUCACACAAAAUAAUUUCUUAAAACGCACAAAAAACCCACAAACAAAAACUAAACGAGUAUUUUCUGCGAUUUUCCAAUCUGAUUUUCCUGUGAUAAAAACUUACCCCACACCCCCCCACACACACACACAUUCACAAGACAACUCACAAAACAUUUAGUCGAUAGCCGCGUUAGCCAAUAAACAAACACACACCCAUA